CUCAUCGCCAGAAUCACCACACCCGCGAUCCGCCUAGACCCAGCUCCAAGCAGACGGAAAUCCGACGACCUGCCUCCUUCGGCCAUCGUCGGGUCGUGGAUCCCGCUCCUGUGCCCACUGAACAGACGCAGCUAAGGUUGUCUUGCAUGCUUAUUCCCCCACAUCAAACGUGAGCCGUCCGAUAGCAUGGCGCGACGCUACCAGAGAAUGUGCGCCUUUUGAACAACUUUUUUUACGCGCCUUACUGAAUCCGCUACACCAAUCCAGCUCUUGUUCGACCUGUCGCUGGGUGGGAAGCGAUGCCUCGACGCCGGAUUCGGACCUUGUCCUUCACGAUGCUGGAUACUCGAGGAAGACUUCUCAUUCCGCUUCAGUCCGUGUCUCGUCUUCGAGUGAGGCCCGAUGCUCAGGGCAACAAAUAUGAACAUUCCUGACUGCUAGCCACAUCACCGAAGCAUCUCGAGGCCUGAGCAGUGAGCCCGUAGCUAGAGACCCCAAUGCUUCACCCUCGCGAUACCCUCACAACUGCCGUCUGCAUCCCUCAGCAGCAAUGCCAUGCAGAGUGGCUGGCCGCAAAAGCAACGCCGGUGCGUUGGCUCAACGCGAGGGACCCAACAUGGCCAGACACACACAUGGGAGGCGUUGUUCCAUCCAUCCACUGUCAUCGCAGCCAUACCGUCCCUCUCAGGUUGUCAGGCUUUCUGAUCCCCUCAUCCAACGAAGACCCUAAUAGCUUCCAUGGGUCGACUUACCCACCCAUUCCGCCGCCCAGUCGCCUCCUCGCCGUACCGUCCACCGAUUGCGCUAGAGCAGGUGAGCAGCUCCUAAAGAGGCACAGAGGAUCGCCCGCUCGCGUACAGGUCAACCACUCGCGAGCCGCCGCACAAGGAGGCGAUGGAGGGGGGAUGAUGGAGGGGCAUCUUAUCCCGAACCAGAGAGCUUUGUCUCUCUCUUUUUUUAAGUGGAGUUUUGGUCUGCCACCCUGAAAGUCGACAGAUGCCUCGCUACCCGUCUCGCGGGACAUGUUCCAAUCUGCUCCGAAGCUACUCAGUCGCUAAUUAAUCUCUUCACCUUGCCACUGAGCUUCCCCUCACCUUGAAAAUAUCAGGGGCAUUUUAUUUAUGUACGCGAGACAGCUCUCAAAGGUGACUGCGUUGUAGCUUGUCGCGAUUGCUUGAAUCCAGACGUAUUCCUUUCCCCCACACCCGCCAGAAUGAAGGGAUUCACAACUGCCGCGCUCGCGGUAGCAGCCGCCACCACGGCGCUCGCGCAACAAUGCGCCGAUAUCAUUACCCCCAGCUACACUGCUCCUCAGGUCGCCGCUGGCUGGCAAGCACAGCUCGUCGCCAAUGGCUUCAAGAAGCCUCGCACAAUUCACGUUGACAGCGAGGGCGCUCUGCUCGUCCUGGACGCCGCUGUUGGUGUUUACCGCGUCACAUUCAAGGAUAAUGGCGGUACAUGUCUGACGUUGACCGAGAGCAAGCUUCUGGUUAACAAUACAAGACUCACACACGGCAUGGCCUUCUCAGAAGAUGGCAAGACACUGUACGCCUCCUCCGUCUCCCAAGUCCUCGCCUGGGCCUACGACGCAAAGGCCGGCACCGUCAACGCCGAACCCGCCGUCGUCAUUGACAACAUGGCCAACAACGACCAGACCACGCGCACCCUGGUCAUGUCCAAGGCCUCGAGCAACUGGCUCGUCGUGUCCCGCGGCGUCGACGAGAACUUUGACAUUGAUGCCCUCGAUGCCAACAGCGGUCACGCUCAAGUCAAGGCCUUUGACCUGAGCAAGUCCGGCAACAACCCCUUCGACUUCAACACGGAUGGCAAGCUUCUUGGCUGGGGUAUUCGCAAUGCCGUCGCCGUUGCUGAGGACCCGGCUACGGGUAACGUCUGGGCGAUGGACAACUCCAUUGAUGAUAUCACGCGUAACGGCGUCGACAUUCACGCCAACAACCCCGGUGAGGAGCUCAACCUGCUCGGUACUAUUGCGAACGAGACCGACGCCGGCAACUACGGUUACCCGCGGUGCUUCGCUGUCUGGGACACCAGCAUCCCGCUCAACAGCUCUCUCAACGUCGGCGACCAGUUCUCCAUGGAGCAGAACUCGACCAUGAACGAUACCCGCUGCCACAACGACUACGUCGCUCCCCGCCUGACCUUCCAAUCCCACUCAUCCCCCGUCUUCCUCAAGUUCAACAACGACGGAUCAAAGGCCUUCAUGUCGUUCCGCGGCAGCUUCAACCGCCCUAACCCCGUCGGCUACGCCCUCACCGCAGUCGACUUCUCUAACGGCGAGCCCGUCGCCAAGAGCGACUCGACCGACGCUCUCAAGAACAUCAUGUACAACAAGGAUCUCAGCACCUGCCCCGACCAGUGCUUCCGUCCCGUCGGUCUCGCGUGGGACUCCAAGAACCGCUUGUUCAUGACUUCUGACUCCACGGGCGAGAUCUACAUCCUGCAGCAGACCGACGCUACGCCGACAUCGACGACUCCUGGCACCAUUGUCACCGGCACUGCGACCUCGACUGCCAAGCCUGAUGCUGCAAGUGGCUUUGCGCCUUCGCUUGGUCUUGGAUUCGCUGCGCUGGUGGCGGCGAUGUUCUUCUCUUUCUAGACUGAUGCAGAGAUGAAAACGAGAUUGGGAAAUGAAGCUCUUAGAACCUAAGAUGAGAGGUGGACUACAUCCACCAGAGUUUGAAUGAUUCCCGACAAGGCAGUGUCACGAUACAUGAAUAUACCUAGCAGAUUUCGAUUGACGAAGACGUGCAAAACACACCCA